UGUUGAUGCUUUCUGUAGUAAAUCACAACCACCACCAACCAAACAGAAAUUUUAGACAAUUUAUUUGUGUGUACAGAGUUUAGUAUCAAUUAAAAUAAAGUUAAUAAAUCAAACUUUGUAUAAAUUGCGAUCGAAACAUCAUUUAGAAAGGAUCGCAUACAGAUGGAAGUGUUCCGUGGUCGAGAAAAACUUACAACCUGCAUAAUCAGCUGUCAGUGAGAUAGAUCAUCUGUCCCUGUAAAUAUAAAAGCUAAAACAAUCAAAACACUGUGCCGUCUCGCGCGUGUAAAUAAUGAAGUGAGCGGACGAGCGAAGAUGUGAGUCGCACGCUGCUAUCGCUGGGCCCCAGCUCCGAUACAGAUAUGGGAUAAUAACCUAGCAGCGAGCGAGUCGAGCGCUAUGGCCGGAGCUCCUUGAGGUCACGAGGGGAGUUUCUCAUCCGGCAGGUCAGUAAAUGCCACAUCAUGUCCGGCAACUUCCCUUUCGCGGCCAAGAUAGUGAGCCCUCUGAAGUGCAACGAGAAGCCCUGGGACCUGUGGGUGAGCGAGAUCGGCCACCAGUCUCCACGGCGCGACGACGAUGGCGCCACGUUCACGGCACCGGCGGCCGUGGACGGCAAGACGCCGGCGCGUCGUAAGGAGCGGCCGCGCUACCGGCGCGCGGGCGUCAGUCGCCUGCGCUACAGCAGCAUGAGCCUGCACGGCCUGUUCCCGCAGACCGACGAGCUGGCGGCCGCCGUGUGUCACUUGUGCGGCGCCGUGGUCAAGCUCAGCGCCGCCUGCCGCCACCUGCGCGAGCAACACGGCGCCGAGCCCAUACUGCCGCCGCCGCCGCCCACCGUCAAGCUCAAGCCGCCGGGCCGCAGCCGCCACAAGAAGGAGCCCCCGCCGCCCGCGCCCGCCGACGUGCCGCCGGACAGCGCGCCCGCGCCCGCGCCGCGCCUGCUGCUGCCGCCGCCCGACCUGUUCCUGGACGACGCGGCCUCGGCGGCGCUCGGCGGCGACGUGCAAGUGAGCAUGCAGAGCGGCGAGCUGCCCGUCGUCAGCAUACAGGACACAGAGGAGUUACCCCUCGGUGAAAAUUUAACGGAUGACAUUUUUGCAAUCAUGAAUUCAGAAGGUAUACAGAGUGCGGAUGACAUAACGAAUGUAGCAGACUGGAAAAACAUUAUACAAGAUAUAGGCAAUAUGCAUGACAUGAAUUUCCCAUCCACCACCGACACAGUACAAUCGCAAGAUUUAUAUCCCACGGUAGACGCAUCGCUAUCCAACUACAACAUAACAGACUCAGACUUAUCAAAUUUACAAUUCGCUGCCACCACAUCCCCCAUUCUGCCAUCUGUGAUAGAUAAUAGUUUACUCAAUGCUCAAGCUUUAAAACCGGCGCCGUCGACGCCCUCCACCAAGGGCUCGUCGCGCAAGUCCAGCAAGACGAAGUUCAACCUCCGAGAGUACGACCCCAACAAGCACUGCGGGGUCGUGACGGCCGAGAACCCCAAGCCGUGCACGCGCUCGCUGACGUGCAAGGCGCACGCGCUGUCGCUGCGGCGCACGGUGGAGGGGCGCGCCAAGCCCUUCGACACGCUGCUGGCCGAGCACCGCGCCGCGCGGGACGCCGCCGCGCAGCCGCCCGCCGCGCCCGAGCUGUUCAACGGGCUCACGGCCGAGCAGCACGUCAGCGACAUCUACGCCAGCCUGCUCAGCGCCGAGCCCGUGCUGCCCGACACCAGCGGCAUCACGGCGCUGCUCAGCCCCGCGCUGCCCGACGACGCGCCGCCCGACGGCCCGCCGCCGCCGCUGCCGGGCGACGUGUGCUGGUACGCGGCGUGCCCGCGGCCGCUGGCGCUGUGCACCUUCAACGCGGCGCACGCGGGCGGCGCCGUGACGCUGGGCAAGAAGUUCGCGACGGUGCGCAGCAACAUCAAGUCGUCGCUGUCGCGCUCCAGCAAGGGCGCCAACAGCUACUACGCGCAGGGCCUGGCGCUCUCCAAGACGGUGCAUAUGAACAGUGCGAGUAAAACGAACAAGCCGGAAGUGCGGAAACUCAUAGUGACGUGUAGUGCGGGCGGCGGCAAGGACGUGGCGCAGACGUUGAGCGAGCUGUUCGGCGCCGACGUGCGGCACGUGAACGGGCACGUGGAGCGCAAGCGGCCGCUGAAGGGCAAGCGCGCGGGCGGCGCUCCGCUGGAGCUGGGCUUCUCGCUAGACCCGCUUCUGGCCGACGAGAAGUGCUGAGCCGCGCUCGUGUGGUCGCGGGAUAUUGUAUAUUUAUUUUUCUGUAAAGAAUCGAACCGGACUCGCAUUGUAAAUGUUUUAUCACGAAUUUUGUCCGCGACGGAAUUUAAAUGUUACGAUAAUGUUAAAUCUCAUUUUUUGUCGAGAAGCGAACUAAUGUUUGUAUUAUUUUGUAUAUUAUUUAUAAGAAUUUUUUUAUCGCCGACGCACAGUCUGUCGACAGAUUAAUAGAUUAUGCAGAAUGGUUGUAUUUUUUCGAAUGACAUAAUUCAUUGUUGAUACUGAAAUGAAUACUGAAAAUGGCCUAGGAUUAAUGUUUAAUGUGAUGAAAAUUUCCAUGUAAAAAUAUAAAUACUAUUAAAUAAGUCUAUCAGUAAUAGUAAAUCGCCUCCUUUGGAAAUACCUCAAUAACUAAAAUGUCUUGUUUUAAUUCACGCGCGCACCUCGCGGACUGGUUUGAAUAUUAAAUUCCCACGGCUGGUGAAAGUCGCGGAAGUUAACGUACUGAAUGACUUGUUACCAAUUGUUUUUAAUUUUAUAAAUUCAUAAUUUUAAUUAAGACCCUAUUAAGCUACGUAUUCAUAAUUACAAAGUUUCAGAUAUAAAAUCUAUUGAAUAUGGGUAUCAUAAACAUUACAGUAUGUGAUUUGGCAACUUGUUGGUUUCGGAUCACUUGACCCAAUGUUGAUGGAUUAUAUUUUUCUUUUAAAUUAGAUGAAUGUGGCUCAAAAAAAUGUUCUAUCAAAUCUCUGUCGCAAAUUUAACACUGGCCUCUCAUGUAAAUUUCUUAUCUACACAACAUAGGUUUUUCAAAUUGAAUAGUUUAUUUUAUGUUGCGAGCAAAGAAACUGUUCAAAUACACUUUGAAACAUCUCAUCCUUCAACCCGGCUAUAUAUUCGCUAGGUUAGGUUUUUCAUUAAAGCUAUGCAGAUUUGAAGGCUGUAACUUUUAUUGUUCUAUGAAUAAAUCAUGCAAGGUCUUAGUUUUGAAAAUUUUAAUUUAUAAUUUUCAACGUUGUACAAAUUGUAAGUAACAGUUAAUUGGGCUAAAAAGAAACGUACAUACCAAAUCAUCUCACUUAUUCGCAUUAUAUUAUAUAGGAUUCUGAAAACCCCACUUUAGUCUGAUUUCAAAAUUAUAUUGCAGAUCUAUAAUUAUUAAUAUUUGGACUUUGUUUUUAACAGUUUCAACCUGUCUAAGUAAAAAUCUUAAAGGGGUUUGAAAAUUUUGGCGUACCUAAUCUUCCAUCAUUUUUAUUUGUUUUCCAAAAUAGCGGCUAAAAUAUUCACACCCCUUAAAUACUACCCCCAAAACUAGCAGGAAUUUCCCAAAUUUAAAAAAUUACGCCAUAAAACCGCCAUAUUGAUUUAAAAAAAAAUGACAGCCAAUGUUACUUUGGGAUUAUUUUAAAGAUACCUUAAUACAUCCAAAUCUGUUAAGGCAUUAAGAAGGCAUGGCCGAGUAUACUAAAACAUGAAUCCUCAAAAUAUUAUACAGUAUUUAUAAAUUAAGGCAGUAAGGAAAGAUUCUUGAUAUGUUUGGAAACAUGAAGAUGAUGUUUGUAUUAAAACCAGUUCUAUAUUUGUAUUUGAAACAUUUGUAUACCAGUGAAUAAGUGGCCUAAACUUUAAUGAUGGUCAAUUUUUUUAUUAAUUAGGCUCAAUUUUUAAUUACAUAAAUAUUUUUUUUUUUUUAUAAAUCAGUCCCCAUCAAUUAUAAUACGGUACCUACUUAAAUUAUAUAACCAGUAUAAAUAACGUCGAUAAAUGAAAAAUAUCUACAAAAUCAAUGGAAAAUAAAUUUAUCAAAAUAGGUUUAGCAUUUUUCUAAUUUAUAACCAUAGAACUAAGAACAUACAGAAACCGUGUACACCACUCAUAUUGAAGCAUCAAAAACCACUCCACUUUAGUAGUGUUUCUCGAACAAACGGCUAGUCACUGUUUACUAUUUAACAGUUGACACGAAUUAUUUUACCUCUGAUGUUCUAAACGUUUACCAUAAAAUGGGAAAAAGUUUGUGAGCUAGCAACAUUUCGCGGGUGUAAAGUCAGACGUGCACGCGGCGUUUCCACUGUUUUCGGACACAACGAACUGCAUACAAUAAUGGCUGAAUGACGAUUCUGUAAGUUCUUAGUUCAAUGUUUAUAACCUGUCAUCGCGCAUUCGUUGAACGUUUUGUUUCUUUGAAAAUAUACUUUCCUGAAAUGAU